GUGCCUCAGUGUAUUUUGACUGCAUUUAAAUAUUAUUAAUAUCAAAAUAUCAUUAACAUGUCUGCGAGUUAUGAUGGAACAAGUAAGAGUAGUAGAGCUGAGAAUAAUGAAAAGUCCACAAAAGACUUCAAGGAGUUGAUAGACAAAGAAGAAUAUGAGUUGAGAAAGCGCCUCCCAAGGAAAUUGCCCAAGAGGAAAACAGAUGUGUAUGUUACCAGAAAGACUAAUUUUAACUGUCAGCUGGAGAGAUCACAGAAAAUCCUGGAUUCUGAAAAUGAGGUUUACAUUCAUGGUCUUGGUGCAGCAAUAAACAGGGCUAUAAACCUGGCCUUACAGUUACAAUCCAAAGGUCAAGGUUCUGUGGAAAUGUCUGCUCACACUUCAACCGUCGAAUUAGUUGAUGACCUUGAACCUCAAACAGAUGACCUGGAAGCAGAAACUCAGUCAAGGAAUAAUUCUGCAAUUCAUAUUAAGUUGUUUAAAAUAAAUCCACUAAAGGUUGAGCUAUCACAAGACAAAGGUGAAGCAUCAUGAUAAUUAUUGUAUUUCGUUAUAUGAAUGAAUUAAAUUUGAGUCAUGAUUUUAAA